AUGGACAUGACCACAACAACUGUGACCGGCACUGGGAGACGCUCUUCUAUACGACUACCAGACCUUCAAGUACCGGCGACUUCAUCCAUCUCGCAACAAAUGACCAGUCCGAUAGACAAGUUCCCGCCUUUCAUUGAUGAAGCACCUGAGCCUACGAGCGAACCAAGAGAAGCGCACUCCCAUUCGGUUAGAUAUGCGGCGACAGAUCGCUGGGAGCCACGGAAGCAACCCCAAUCUUCACGGGAUAGCAGACAUCCUACACUGAAUUCGAAAAGAAGAUCAAGGAAAAGUAUCAGUGAUGCCAUCAGCACAAUUAGAACGCGCAACGGCAGUGUUAGCGCCAAUGCACAGGAGUUGGCUGAGGCCCUUAGAGCUCCGAUAUCAUACAAGCUGAUAGUUCUCUGCCUCAUAUGGUACAUGACCUCCGCUCUGACGAAUACCUCAUCGAAGUCUAUCUUAAAUGCCCUUCCAAAACCAAUAACGCUUACGAUCGUACAAUUUGCCUUCGUAGCAUUCUGGUGCUUGGUCCUAACCUAUUUAUCCACAGUGCUACCCUGGCUGAAAGAUAGCAUACCGGCCCUCAGGAACGGGAUCCGUCCUCCGUCCCGUGAUGUUGUCAUGACAGCUCUGCCUUUGGCAGUGUUCCAGUUAGCCGGCCAUAUACUUAGCUCUAUGGCUACCUCACAGAUUCCCGUCUCACUCGUCCACACAAUCAAGGGACUGUCACCCCUGUUCACAGUUCUGGCGUAUCGGGUCUUCUUCCGAAUUCGAUAUGCCAAAGCAACAUAUCUUUCUCUUGUCCCAUUGACUUUAGGUGUGAUGCUCGCUUGCUCGACAGGCUUUUCCACAAACCUCUUCGGCAUACUAUGUGCGUUAAUUGCCGCAUUGGUCUUCGUCUCGCAGAAUAUAUUCUCAAAGAAGCUUUUCAAUGAAGCGUCCCGUGCAGAGUCAGAAGCAGAACCGUCGAGCCGACGAAAAUUGGAUAAGUUGAACUUGCUCUACUAUUGUUCCGGAUUAGCCUUCAUUCUCACACUACCUAUCUGGUUCAUAAGUGAAGGAUAUCCUUUGAUUUCCGAUAUUAUACAGGAUGGCGCCAUCUCGUUGUCGGGAAAUAGAGGCUCACUGGAUCAUGGCGCUCUCUUCCUUGAAUUCGUAUUCAACGGAGUGUCGCACUUCGCACAGAACAUACUGGCAUUUGUUCUCUUGUCUAUGAUAUCACCAGUUUCUUACUCCGUCGCAUCUUUGGUGAAAAGAGUUUUCGUGAUUGUUGUUGCGAUCGUGUGGUUUGGAAGCUCAACGACAUCCAUUCAAGGUUUUGGAAUCGCUCUUACCUUUAUUGGACUCUACCUCUACGAUCGCAAUAGCCACGAUGAUCUAGCGGACCAGAGAGCAAAUGCUGAUCAUUUCCGCACAAGGGAAACUGUCCUUCCAUUGAACGCCCAGACUGCAGGCAAAGUUUGGGACUCAAAUGGCUAUGGCGCUUCGGCAAGCAAGCUCUCUUACUAUCAGUCACCAGAUGGCCCUACCUCGCAUGCAAGUACACCUAAGAAAGAAGAUGAUGACCAGGGCCGUGUCCGUCCCAGAGGAGGCAGUAGCUCCCGGGUGUGGCUACCUCCUGGCACAAAGCAAGAGACCACUUGGAAGGCGAAUGAUUCCUAG